CUCAAAAAGAUACCUUUAAGAGAAACCCUUUUAAAUAUUCCAAAUGUGCUUACGUUUUCUAGGCUAAUUGUUUCACCAUUCGUUGGAUACUUUAUUUUGAAUGAGCAAUAUGAGAUUGCGUUAGGUGCAUUCGUGUAUGCUGGUAUUACUGAUUUGUUAGACGGAAUUAUAGCUCGACAUUAUAACCUGAAAACUAUGGUAGGGACAGUUAUAGAUCCAUUAGCAGAUAAAACAUUAAUUACCAUUCUGACGGUUACUUUAGCCAUGAAAGACUUGUUACCAAGUCGAGAUUUCUGCCUAAUUGCAGCGACCUUUUAUUAUAGAUAUGUUUCACUUCCGUCACCGAAAACAUUAUCCAGAUAUUUCGAUAUAUCAAUCCCAUCAGCAGAAGUCAGACCGACUCUGAUUAGUAAAGUGAAUACCGCUUUGCAAUUAGCGCUUAUGGGUACGACGCUAUCUAGUCCAGUAUUUGGUUGGAUCGAUGUUCCAUUCUUGAAAGCAUUACAGUAUACUGUUGCUGGAACAACGAUUUGGUCUGGUAUAAGUUAUGUGUUCUCUAAGGAUGCUGUAAGAAUAUUAAAGCAGCCUCGUAUUAAGCGAUAUUGA